AUGCAGUCUACAAUUAGUAGCGUUAACUCUGCAGCAGAACUAUUAAACUCCUUGUUCUUGAACCCAGAGUAUAGCAAUUUGACUAUAACAUGUGGCGCUGAAGUCUUGCCUGUCCACCGAAACGUCGUCUACCCUAAAUCCGCCUACUUUGCGCAUGCUUGUGCUGGAAACUUCAAGGAGGCCUCCAGAAAUAUUAAACUCAAAGACCGAAAGCCGAUAUUAGUUAAGAAAGUGCUCCAAUUCCUCUAUAUAGACGAUUAUACACUCGAAAUUGAGACAGCAGGACGCUAUCACAAGGAUGGAGAGAAGCAAAUCAAUUCGGAGAAAUCACAAGAGAUUCAUCAAGGGAACUUUGAGGUCACUACUGCAUGCCAUUUUCACAUUCUAAUAUAUAUUCAAGCCGAUUAUCUUCAGAUCGACAGUUUAAAGGUGGCUUCAAAGAAAAAAUUCCAUGCCUCAUUUCAUAAUAUGUCCAACAGGAGAUCUUUCAAAGCCACUAUUAAGGAAAUAUAUCGUUCAACACCUAAAUCCGAUAACCAGAUUAGGAAUGCGCUGGUAGCCUCAACGAAGGAUCAUUUGGCGACUCUCCAACGUAGAACAAAUAAUAUUCUUCUUGACGAACUUCUGAAACGUUUCCCGGAUUUUACAACGGAUCUUUGCAUAACACUGCUAAAUACCGACGGCGGGCAUCAGAAGCAAGUUAACCAAAAAGCCUCUUUAUUCUCUCCUAUAAAGUGA